CAUCUGGCAGAUUUAUAGAAGCCUUUCAGUUAAUUUCCCAAGUUUUAUAUCAGACUCUAUUGCAAAAUCAUGGUAGCGGACAUAGCCAUCGUCGGCGGAGGGCCCUCAGGCCUCGCUUUAGCUGGUAUACUUGAGCGAGCUGGCUUGUCCUACAUUGUUUACGAGCGCAGCAACAUCGAUGUUCCACCUCGCGGCGGCUGUCUCGACUUGCAUGACGGUGGUGGACAGUUGGCCAUGAAAGAAGCAGGCUGUUAUGAAAAGUUCAGAGAAUAUGGACGCGGUGGUGAGGCUACUAUUCAUGCUGUGUGGGAUCACCUGGGAAACAAAGUGUUUACCCACGGAGAGGGAGUGGAUUCUCCUGAACUUGAUCGAGAGCAGAUCAAACAAGCAUUGUUGACCACGAUUCCCGAGGAGAAUAUCAAGUGGGGACAGGCUGUCACUUCGUCUGAGAGGAACAACAAGGGAGAUGUGGUCUUACAUUUUGGAGAUGGAAUCUCUGCAACUGGAUUUAAGUUGGUAAUUGGUGCCGACGGCUCCAACAGCAAGAUCCGGCACCUAGUAACGCCCGCAAAGCCAAAAUAUGCUGGGAUGAUGUUCUGGACAGGCGAGAUCCAUUCCUCCAAUCCUUUCUACACCAAGGUGGAAGAAGUCGCAAAAUUAGGCCCUAUGAUAGUCCUGGGUCGCUCUACAAUGAUUUGGAUCCAGCGCCAAGGAGACGGCCACUACCGCAUGGAACUAGGUUUCAAGGGACCUGAGAAUUUCGCUGAGAAGAUUCAAGUUGAUUUGUUAGAUACUGAGGCUGUGAAAAUACUGAUGCUGACGAAUGAUUUCUUUGGGGGCCACGCAGACAGCAUCAAGGCGAUCAUCGAAGCAAUUGAUAGCUCUUUUCAUGCUUGGCCUCUGUACUACAUGCCUCCAGAUGCUCUUGCAUGGAAAGCUGCCAAAGGAGUAACACUGAUUGGCGACGCCGCACAUGUGACAACUCCUUUCAUCGGCGAGGGCGCUAAUAUUGCAUUGCUUGACUCGGUCGCCCUGGCGCGGAAAUUGAAGGAAUUCGGAAUAUCACAGAAAGCAGUUGAGGAAUACGAAAAAGACAUGUUUCCUCGAGCUAGGGAUGUUAUUCAGAAAAGUGUCAAAAGUGGAGAGUUGUAUUUUGACUGGAAUGCUCCUCAAUCCGUGAUGGAGUCUAGUAGAAGGGGUGUGCAGUUCGGAGGGUUGGGCCAAAAGUCAAACACUACCGUAGAAGUUGGAGUAUAAGAUAACAUUGCUCUACAGCUUGUAGUACAAUAUGAGUGGAAGGAGGAAGAUUCAAAAAACAGAAGGGACUUCACGUC